AUGGGUGCCUUUUCAAUGGGUUCAGCUUUCUAUUCCAAGUCAGGGCUGAUGAUAAUGGUGGCGUUUAUGUUAAUGGCGGGCUCUUUUUACUUUGGCACUCUUUUGGGAAGCAAUGCGCCAAUUUAUGUCUCUCAGCUCACCUCCAAUUCCUCUUCCUCCUCGUCUAUCUCUGUCACUGGUGCGCUUUCUCUCUGCUUAGAUUAAUUUUCUGGUCUUGCAGGAAGCUCCACAUUUACUAACAAAGUUGCUCUUGCGUACCGAGAAACGCCAUUGACAAUUCCAGAAAGUGGGGUGAAUGUUUGCCCACUGAAGUUCAACGAAUACAUACCAUGCCAUGACAUUGCCUACGUUCACACUUUGCUCCGAAGCUUGAAUGUUUCCAGAAGAGAGGAACUUGAACGACAUUGCCCUCCACCUGAGAAGCGGUUAUUCUGCUUAGUACCACCACCAGAAGACUAUAGGUUACCUAUAAAAUGGCCAAUCAGUCGAGAUUAUGUAUGGCGAAGCAAUGUAAAUCAUACGCAUCUUGCUGAGGUGAAAGGAGGACAGAAUUGGGUUCAUGAGAAGGAUCAGCUCUGGUGGUUUCCUGGUGGUGGCACUCAUUUCAAGCAUGGUGCACCUGAGUAUAUACAGAGGUUAGGAAAUAUGACCACUAAUGAAACGGGCGAUCUACGUUCUGCUGGAGUUUUCCAAGUUCUGGAUGUUGGCUGUGGUGUUGCCAGCUUCUCAGCUUAUCUCCUCCCUCUAGAUAUUCAUACCAUGUCAUUUGCACCCAAAGAUGGUCACGAGAAUCAGAUCCAAUUUGCUCUAGAGAGAGGAAUUGGUGCCAUGAUAUCUGCCAUAGCUACAAAGCAACUGCCAUAUCCACCUAAUUCUUUUGAGAUGGUUCAUUGUUCCAGAUGCCGUGUUGAUUGGCACGAGAAUGAUGGCAUCUUACUGAAAGAAGUUAAUCGUAUUCUGCGCUACAAUGGAUAUUUUAUCUAUUCAGCUCCACCUGCAUACAGAAAGGAUAAGGAUUUCCCAAUGAUCUGGGAUAAGUUGGUGAGUCUGACAUCAGCAAUGUGCUGGAAGCUCAUAGCUCGAAAAGUUCAGACCGCUGUAUGGACUAAACAGGAAGAUGAUGCUUGCCUCCUGCAAAAUGCUGAGGCCAAACUCAUAGAUAUCUGUGAUUCAGUUGAUAGUUUAAAAUCUUCAUGGAACACACCAUUAAGAAGCUGUGUAACGACCCGAGCAUCAAUGGAUUCACAACCAUUACCUCCUAGGCCGCAACGUCUUUCGGUUUAUUCACAGAGUCUUAGCAGAAUCGGUAUUAGCAUCGAAGAAUUCACAGAAGAUUCCCAGUUUUGGCAAGAUCAAAUCCGUAAUUAUUGGAAGCUGAUGAAGGUGCAGGGGACAGAGAUAAGAAACAUCAUGGAUAUGAAUGCAUAUCUAGGCGGAUUCUCUGCCACUUUAAGCAAAAGGCCUGUUUGGGUGAUGAAUGUAGUCCCUAUGACUAUGAAUAAUACUCUUUCAGCAAUAUAUGACCGUGGAUUAUUGGGUGUCUUCCAUGACUGGUGCGAGCCAUUCUCCACGUAUCCACGUACAUAUGAUUUACUGCAUGCGGACCAUCUACUCAGUCACUAUAAGAACCACGGAGAAAGCUGCAGAGUAGAAGAUAUAAUGCUGGAGAUGGAUCGUAUGUUACGCCCUCAGGGAUAUGUGAUUGUUAGGGACGACGAAUCAGUCACAUUGAGGAUACGCGAUUUGGCUCCAAAGUUUUUGUGGGAAGUCAAAUCGCACAGUCUACAGAACAAGGCGAAGAAGGAUGAAACUGUGCUGAUCUGCAGGAAGAAGUUUUGGUCGAUUGUUUGA